GCAGAAACAAAAAAUAAAAAGCAAACUAAACGGUGCGUUUUAGUGAGAGUGUAGAGCAAACUGCAAAGGUUCGGUUUUCAGUGUUCAUCGAGUAAAGCAGUUACCGUCUCUAUUUCAGUCUCGCUCUGAAUCUCCACCUAAAUUCAAUUUUUCUUACUCCUAGUUGCAGGAUCAGGAUCCAAUGGCUACUUUGAGGAAUCUAAAGAUAAAGACAAGUACUUGCAAACGCAUAGUUAAGGAGCUGCAUUCUUAUGAGAAGGAAGUUGAGAGAGAAACUGCAAAAACUGCUGACAUGAAGGAGAAGGGUGCUGACCCUUAUGAUCUCAAGCAGCAGGAAAAUGUGCUGGCUGAGUCUAGGAUGAUGAUUCCUGAUUGCCACAAGCGCCUUGAGGCCGCACUCGGGGACUUAAAAGGAGCAUUGGCUGAGCUAGAGGAAUCAAAUGAGAAGGAAGGUCCUGAAAUCGAUGAUGCUCGAAACACCAUUGCUGAAGUUGAGAAAGUAGUUGGAACUACUGAAGCUUAGCUAGGUAGUUUAACCACUGCUUUUGAUGGUAGAAAUUGAGCUUGUAUUACAUAGCUUCCAUCUCACAGAAACAACCGUACAUGGGGAUAGGUUAUGAAACUUGUUUAACAAGAUUUAAUCUUCUCUAGUUAUGUGCUGUUGAACAUUUGAAAAUGAAUGAAUAUGACAUCUUCUAUAAGCCUCAUAAC